AUGGAAGCAGAAAAACACAAACAGCAAAGCAAUACUAACUCGGAGGAGACAGAGAAACAGAGCGAUGAAGAGAAGAGGCUUCAGCCAGGCAGUAGUGAAAUACCAGAGGAGACAAAGAAUACAAACCUCAAAAUACAGAAUGAAGGAGCAGGAGAAAAUGAAGAGGACAGUCUUGAAACAGAGCCUCAGACAGAUCAGCAAAAGACAGAAAAAUCCCUGGAAAGUCAGGAGGAAAUCACAAGCCAGCUGGAGAAAUCCAACAUGGAUGUCAAAAACAAAGACGCAGAGCAUCAGGAAAACACACAAGAUAAAGUUCAGGUUGUUGGGCGAACAGCUGGCACUGAUCAAACAGAGAGGACAGAUGUGGACAAGGCAGGACAGGACAAUGCCCAAUCUUUAAGUGACAAGACAGCAGAUGAUUUUCACACUGAUGUAGAAAGAGACCAAGAUCAACACGUGGAAGAAGGACAUGUAACCGGACAGCCGGGGGAACUGGACAACAAAAAAGGAGAGCUGGAAGAGUCACAUAAGACAGAAAGAACACAGCAGAAUAAAAAAGAUGUAAAUAAUGAGAAGACAGAAGAAAAUGUUAAUGUGGAAGAGACAGUAAAACAGGGGGAUGAGAGAGAGGAGAAACUUCAUUCAGCCAGUGGAGAAAAAACAGAGAAUGAUAUGGUGAAAAGUAAUGUCAAAAUGAAUGAAGAAGCAAAAGAGACUGAAAACCCACAGCUCCAUCAGAAGACAGGGCUUCAGGCUGAGCAGCAAAAGAAGGAAAACCCACCAGAACGUCAUGAAGAAAUUGGGAAAUCCAGCGUGGAUCAGGAAAAGGAGGGCGGAAAUCAGGGAAGAGAGGAUGCGAAUGAAACAGAGGAAAACGUUCUGGACAAGGGAGAGGGACAGGAAAAAGGCAAAUCUAUAAGUGACAACACAACAUUUGUGAUUCAGAUUGAUGGACAAAAAGACAAAGAACAGAGAGGAGAGGAGAACAACACAGAACGUCAGGGUCUGAUGGAAGGAGAAAGAGACACCGAGCAGCCGGUCACAGAAAGAGAUGGAGAGACAGAUCAGGACAACAAAAAGCAAAAACCUGCAGAAGAACAACAGACGACAGAGAAUGAAGAGAGACAUGUGGGAGAAGCAGCUGCUGAACCAACAGAAAACAAGGAGUUGGAGAACCAGUCAGAACAACUCAACGUGCAACCAAAGAAGGCGGAGGGACAGACGGAUGAGAGGCAGCCUGAGUCUGUGGAUAAAGAAGAGACAGGGAGUGAAGGAGACAAGACAGACCUCAAACUGCAGGACAAAGAAGUGGAGAAAGAGAGAGCUAAAGAAGGUGGCAGUGCUGAGAAUAUGGACAAGAAGACUGAAUCAGGAAAAGAGAAAGAGAAAAUGGGUGUUAACUUGGAGGAGACAGAACCACAAAAGGAAAAGCCAGGCAGUAGUGAAAUACCAGAGGGUAUAAAGACAAACCUCAAAAUACAGAAUGAAGGAGCAGGUCAAGACCUCAUUUUUGAGACAAAGCCUCAGACAGAUCAGAAACAAGAAAAAAAUCCCCUGGAAAGUCAGGAGGAAAAUACAGAGCAGCCGGAGGAUUUGGAUAAGAGAGGAGCAGAGCAUCAGGGAAAGCCGCAGGAGAAAGAUCAGGACAAGGGAGAAGGACAAGACAAUGCAAAUCCUACUGAUGAGACAGAAGCUGAUUCUCAGACUGAAGCAGGAGGAGAUGGAGAGCAACACUGCCCGCCCUCUAACAUAAAUGAUGCGAGAGCCACCCAGCAACAGCCUACAGCUCAACCGUCUGGCCAGCAGCAGCAGGAGGGACCACCGCCUGAAGCCCCUCCUUCUGAUAACCCGUCCUCACCAGGUGAGGAGAAUGUGGAUGAAGCUUCUGCUGCUACUGAUGAUGAUGGAGGUUAUGAGGACACUGCUGAUGAGAAUAAUGUGGGUGAAGAUACAGAUGAUGGGAGCUUUAAAAGUAGAAGCUCGGAUAUCAGUCCUUCGAAUGCAGGCCAGGAGGAAGAAAAUGCAAAAUCGAGAACUGAUGGGACAGAAGCUGAUUCUCAGACUGAAGCAGGAGGAGAUGGAGAGCAACCCAGCGAUGGCAGAACAGUAACGGGACAGCAGAUUGGACAGGACAAGAAGAAGACAGGGCUCAAACAACCCGAGAAAACACAGCAGAGAGAAGAGAGUGAAGGUACUUCAGUGAUGGAAACGAAGAUGGAAGACAACAACGAAAAGGCAGAAAAGAAUGUUGAUUUGGAAAAGACAGAAAAACAGAGGGAUGAAAAACUUCAGUCAGGCAGUGGAGAAGAAACACAGAAGGAGACAGGGAAAAUUGACCUCAAAACACAACAAGAAACAGCAGGAAGAGGAAACCAAGAGCUCCAACAGGCGACGGGGCCUCAGGUGGAGUCCAGUGAGACAGAAGCAGAAAAUCAGGAAAACCAACAGGACGGAGAUCAGGAUGCUGAGGAAGGAGCUGAAAAUAAUGAAACAGAGAAGCAGGACGAAAAUGCCACAUCAGAGAAAUCAGCGAAAAAGAGAAGAAAAAGAAAUAGAAGGAAUAAAGCCAAGACAGCCAAGAGUGAUUCAUGAAGAAAUAAUGACCCAUUAACAUGCUGUCAUUUUGCACAAUCCUAAUUUCUGCAGUUAAUAAUCAUAGGAUUUUGCAAUAACAGCACUUGAGCGCUGGAUUUAUGAGAGCACCGUGAAAAGCCAAAGCCACUGACUGAGCACGGAUUAGUUCAUUAACCUUGUUGCUGUUGUGCCUUUAAAGUGACAACAACAUUAACACGUGCCAUACAAGUGAAAAUGAAAUGAGGAGGUUGAACGCUUGAAUUUCACCUCAACACUCCCACUGUCUCCGUCCUCACAAACCUCUGGAAUGGGAUUCAUAAAAGAGUAAAUAAGGAGAUGGGUUCAUGUUGAUUUCAGAAUAUUAAUCAGUUUUAUUAAAAAAAAAAAAAAGUGUAACCUGUUCAUAAGCCAGUCAAGUUUGUUUUAUGAUGCAAGAAAAAAAGG